UCUAAUGAUAUUGACAGCAAUAUUCGCUAUUCUGGUUCGGCUAUUGAUGCUGCUAGAAUAUGUAAAGGAGUAAGAAAUGUGUAUAAUACUUUCCAUAACAACAGAAAAAUCGAAUUCUAUGUUGAUUAUGAUCUGUCAUUGUGUUAUGUUGUUUAUUCUUUCAUUGUUCUCUCUUAUUCAAGUUUUAGUGUAUAAGUUCUAUAUUUUGUCGUUAUAGAUAUGCAAUGAUUGGGGGAAAAUAAAAGGUCUUGAUCUGAACAUCCGAUAUAAUGCUCUAAUAAAAUUAACAAAUGUAGGUUUAAAAAUAAUACUUAUCUGUUUGUUCUUUUGUUACUUUUGUUGUUCAGACAAUGUGCGAACAAUGUCGACAAUAUGCGAGACGAAUAUCACAAAAAUUAUCAGAAAAUGGUUACUAUCCUGAUUUAAAUCAAACACAAUCGUUUAAUGUUUCAGAAAAACUAUGUAUUCUGGUCAAUGACAUUGAAUAUGUUAAACGAAAGGUUCUAUCAUCAUUACCAGAAUUAUUACAAUUUCGAUUGAUCAUACAAGAAAUGGAUACCCAUUAUUCAAAUUCUGAUUUUAGUAAAACAGAAGACACAUUAAACCGUCUAAUACAAGUGGCAUCCAAUGAAAUGGCCAAUGUUAUCGAUGAGAUAUUUGAUCAAGUGGUUGCACUUGUUUAUGGAGCACUGGAAACAAAAAUACGAGCCUAUUAUAAAAGUGAAAAAAUAUCUAAAGAAGAUUGUAUCACAUCACUCAUAUUGUAUAUCGAUAUAAAUUUGAAAAUUUUAUAUGUUGGAUUAGAAAAAGCACAAUAUACAGGAAUAGCGGGUACUGUAAGGUCAAAAACAUUUCAAUAUCUAAUACAAACAUUACCGCAGAAAGAGCCACCAGAAUAUUAUCAACGAGUAUUAUUGUCACUUGAUCAAUUAAGACAAUAUUUUGAUGAAAUAUGCUUACCAGUAGAAGCUCAACUUGAAGAAGUUAAAACGUUUAGAAGGCGUUUGGAAUCUUAUGCAUUGACAACUGAUCAGUUACAAUUAAAUUAUUUUGAAGAAAUGUUGGAUAAUACAUCAUUUCUUAAAUUAUCCUCCGUAUAUGGUGAAAUAUUGUUUAAAGUGGCUUAUGAAGAGAAAGGCGACUUGAUUGAAUUCAAUAUAAAAAUAUUAUCUUGUAAAAAUUUGCCUGUGAUGGAUUAUUUGUUGCGUUCAUGUGAUCCGUAUGUUAUCAUAGAGUUGUUACCAUCAAAACCAUCAAUACAGUGCAAGACAGCUAAAUUAAAAGAAAAUAUUAGAGGCAAAAUUGUCAGUAUUCUAAACAUCGUUAUUGAAUUUACCGGGAUGUCGUCAUCUUCAACCGUUCUUUCAAUUACUUGUCUUGUUUGA